CUACGACUACGAAUCGGACUCCGACUCGGACUCGGACUCGGACUCGGACUCGGUAGACGUCGACAGCGUUGCGUAUCUUUUCGUUUGAAUCGGUAUCGAGUGUUUGUUUGCAUCGUUGCCAGGCAUUCGACAGGCACGACAAGAAGACAACACGACUCCGGCCUCGCCAUAACGCAUCCGCAUUAACGCAAUCGCGGCUAAUCCGCGCCGAUUUUCGCAGCAGCAACAGCUAUAUAGCAACAGAUACAGAUACAGAUACAGAUACAGAUACAGCUGCAGAUACAGCUGCAGAUACAGCAACAAAACAAAAAGCCUACAUAAAUACAAAGCAUACAAGAGUUUUCGUCGUGCUCCACUUGUGCCCCAUUGUUGCCACUCGGGCUGUCAACGUAACUCACAAUUGAAUUGUUCCUUUGUCUUGUGUGUCGCCCGAUCCCGAUUCCGCUCCCGCUUCCGAUCCCGAUCCCGAGCCCGCUCCCGAGCCCGCUCCCGAGCCCGAGCCCACUGCGGCCUCGACUCGCUUUUGGACGCCCGUUUCCGAUUCCGUUUGCCAAUUUCUGUUAGCUCGCAUAAUUGGCAUCAUCCACGGCGCACCGUCAACGUCUUCGACUCCGUCCGCAUCUCCGUUUGUUGUUAGCCGCCAGCUUUGGGCCGCGACUCGGCACAUCCAUAUCGUCAAGAUGCUGGUGCCGCCGGACAUGAUGGCCGCCCAGACGCGCAUGAUUUACCAGCUGAAUCGUUUCUGCGCCGAGCGCGUCCAGGCGCGCAUCUUCAAAACGGCAACGGCCAUUCGCGAGAUCUGCAAAAUUGUCCAGGACAUACUCAAGGAGGUGGAGCUGCAGGAGCCGCGCUUUAUAUCCAGCCUGGUCGAGUGCAAUGGCAGAUUCGAGGGCGUGGAGGUGAUCUCACCGAAUGAGUUCGAGAUCGUGCUCUACCUAAACCAGAUGGGCGUCUUCAACUUUGUGGACGAUGGAACGCUGCCCGGCUGUGCGGUGCUCAAGCUGAGCGAUGGACGCAAGCGUUCCAUGUCCCUCUGGGUGGAGUUCAUCACCGCCUCCGGUUAUUUGUCGUCGCGCAAGAUUCGCGCCCGCUUCCAGACAUUGGUGGCGCAGGCGUGCGACAAGAGCAUCUAUCGGGAUAUGGUCAAGAUGAUUGGCGACACCACCGAGGUGAAGCUGCGGAUCAGGGAGCGCUUUGUGGUGCAGAUAACGCCGGCCUUCAAAUGCUCCGGCAUCUGGCCACGAUCGGCGGCGCAUUGGCCCAUGCCGCAUAUACCCUGGCCGCAUCCCAAUAUCGUGGCCGAGGUCAAGACCGAGGGCUUCGAUCUGCUUUCCAAGGAGAGCAUCGUUAUGCAGAACAAGAACAACAAUGCGGCCAGCAUGGAGGGCGAUGCUUGGGUCCUUAGUUUCUUCGAGGCUGAGAAUCGCCUGCUGCAAGGUGGCUGCCGUCGUCGCUGCCUGAGCAUAUUGAAGACACUGCGUGACCGUCACCUGGAGCUGCCCGGCAAUCCGAUCAGCGCAUAUCAUCUGAAGAAUCUGCUGCUCUACGAGUGCGAGAAGCAUCCGCGUGACUUUGAGUGGGACGAGAGCUGCAUUGCGGACCGUUUGAAUGGGAUAUUCCUGCAGCUAAUCUCCUGCCUCCAAUAUCGCCGCUGUCCGCACUAUUUUCUGCCCAGCCUCGACAUGUUCAAGGGCAAAUCCCCCAGCGCCCUGGAGCAGGCUGCCAAGCAGGUCUGGCGUUUGACUCGUGAGAUGCUCACCAAUGCGAAUGCCUUUGAGAAGUUGUAAGCGUUGCGAGAGAGACAGAGACAGACAGAAAGAGCGAGUGAGAGAGAGAGAGUGUGUGUGUGUGUGUGUGUGUGUGUGUUUGUGUUUGUAUGAUUCAAGGUGCUAAAUUUUCAUUGUCACAGCGCGGCGAUUGCGUUGAUCUGAUAAGCGAAAUGCCCUCAGUGGCUGCCAUUUUGUGCCAUGUGUGUGUGUGUGUGUGUGUGUGCGAAUGUGUUUGCGUGCGUGUGUGUGUGUGUGUGUGCAUAGCAACAACAAUAGCAAGCGGCGAAAAGCCGAAGUGUUAAUGCAAAGAUGAGAGAUAAGCCGCACAUUGCCCACUCCUCAAUCCAAAUUCGACUCCUUUGCCGCCUGUGUUACCGUUGCUGCUGCUGUUGCUGAUGCUUGUUCUUCUUCUUUUUGCCCAUUGCACGCCUGGCUGCUUAUCCGGCGAAUAUUGUUUUUAAUAACUCGCCGCUUUAAGCAUGUUUCGCCUUAUGGCGAAACACAAUGCCAACAGCAGCAGCAGCAACAACAGC